AUGGAUCGACACAUUGAUCCAGUUGAUAAUAAUGUUUCGAGAGAAUUUACCGAAGGUGUUGAAGUUUUUAUCGCAUUUGCCUCGAGUCAAAAUUCUUUCAUGGAGCGAAAAACCAUGCUAUGUCCUUGUGUAAGUUGUGGAAACCGAAAGCAACGUGAUGUAAGAACCGUAUCCCGCCAUCUUUACCGAGUCGGCUUCAAAAGUAAUUAUUAUGUAUGGUCAAGCCAUGGAGAAACCUACUAUGACGCUGGAGAAUCAUCGACGGGAGGUCAAUUUAUAGGAGAUGAAGCAAGAUAUGUAGGCGGCCCAUAUGAAGAGAACAUUCCUGGAGGAGACUUUGGGUCAACUGAAAUACCGGAGAAUUUGAUGGAGGAACCCAACGAAGAGCAAUAUGAAGAGGGAGUGUUUGAAGCUUUUGAAGCCGCUAAUCAACCACUAUAUGAUGGAUGUGUUGAAGGUAUUUCUCAACUAUACUUGGCAUCUCGUUUAAUGAAAGUAAAAACUGAUCAUAAUUUGGCGGAGUCAUGUAUGGAUGAGUUAUCACAAACUUUUAGAGAUGUUUUGCCACAACCAAAUAUAGCUCCUGAGUCAUAUUAUGAGAUGAAGAAGCUGACGAAGUCGCUUGGCCUCCCUGUCGUGAAGAUCGAUAUUUGUGAAGAUAAUUGCAUGUUAUUUUGGAAAGAAGAUCGCGAGUUGAUGGCGUGUCGGUUUUGUGGAAAAGAUAGAUAUCACCAAAAGAACCAUGGAAAAGGGAAAAUGCGUCCAAAACAGAGAAUGUUCUAUUUGCCUAUUACGGUGAGGUUGAAGCGUCUUUACCAACAAGAGGCUACUGCAUCACAAAUGCGAUGGCACGCAGAACAUGAGUCGCCAGAAGGAGAAAUGCACCACCCUUCUGAUGCAGCAGCGUGUAAGCAUUUUAACAAGGUAUAUCCUGAUUUCGCUGCGGAAAGUCGAAAUGUUUAUCUAGGAUUAGCAACAGAUGGAUUUAAUCCAGUGGGUAUGAGCGGUGAAUCCCACUCGGUCUGGCCCGUCAUCGUAACCCCGUAUAACCUACCUCCUGGUAUGUGUAUGAAAAGAGAAUAUUUCUUUUUAUCAGUACUAGUUCCUGGGCCAAGGCAUCCAAAGAAGAGCAUUGAUAUCUAUCUGCAGCCGUUAAUUGAAGAACUAAAAAGUUUGUGGAGCGAUGGAAUCGAAGCCUAUGAUGUCUCGAAGAAGCAAAAUUUUACGAUGCGAGCCGCACUAAUGUGGACAAAUAAUGACUUUCCCGCUUACGGCAUGAUGUCCGGAUGGAUGACUCAUGGCCGUUUAGCUUGUCCAUAUUGUCUUGAUGAUACAAAGUCUUUUUGGUUGCAACAUGGAAGGAAGCAUAGCUGGUUUGACUGCCAUAGAAUGUUCUUGCCUAGGGAGCAUCCUUACAGAAGAAAUGUCCAAGCUUUUCGCAAGGGGCAGACGGUAACUGAUGAUCCUCCACCAUGGUUGACAGGAGAAGGAAUUCUUCGCGAAAGAAUCAACAACAUCGAAGGACUGAAGGAAACGGUCGAUUGUGGAGGAAAUGGACACGAGAAACCUGCAAGCACUAUAAACGGCUACGGCAAAGACCACAAUUGGGUGAAGAAAAGUAUCUUUUGGGAGUUGCCGUAUUGGGAAAACCUGCUUCUUCGCCACAACCUGGACUUCAUGCACGUUGAGAAAAAUUUCUUCGAUAAUCUUAUCAACAUGGUGCUUAAUGUUCCCGGGAAGACAAAAGAUAAUGCAAAGUCGAGGAUGGAUCUACCUGAUUUAUGCAGACGGUCUUAG